UCCCAAAAAGGAAAUAAUGUGGGUUAACAUCACUUCUGGAAAGCAAGUUAGACUACCUUCAAAAUAAAAGCACACAUUUCAAAACACUGAAUUAUCAAUAACUCCUUUAGAAUACUAUAUCUACUAAUAUUGCUCUAAUAAUGACAAGUAAUAAAUCAUGAACUAAAACAAUGCGAGCCUCGCACUGGGCCUCCAUGUCCUCUCACGGUGGGUGAGGGUGAUCGGAGAGUGAGCACAGCCUGUUCCCUGCAGUAGACCCUGGGUCUGGGUUCUCCCUCGCCCUCGUAUCCCCACGGCGAGUAGGUACUAGACACUUGGUAGUGAGUGUUGCAACAGAGGACAGACGAUUUUUCCAUACUUCAGGACCUGUUCUGUGAGUUUGUGUGGCCUAUCACUUUGUGGCUCAGCCGUUGUUGCUCCCAGACGUUUCCACUUAACAAUAACAGCCCUUAGUUGACUGGGGCAGCUCUAGCAUGGCAGAAACUUGACAAACUGACUUGUAGGAAAGGUGGCAUCCUUUGACGGUGACCCGUUGAAAGUCACUGAGCUCUUCAGUAACCUGUCAGCAACAGGUGUAGUUGAAAUAGCCAAAUCCACUAAUUUGAAGGGUGUCCACAUAGUGUAUAUUACAAAUUCCAAUUGGUUGUGGCUAACGCUAGCUAGGUGGAUUACAUUAGCUAGGUUAGGGUAAAGGUUAGGAGUUUUGGAGUUAGGGGAAGGGUUAGCUAACAUGCUAAGUAGAUGCAAAGGAGCUUAAACAUAUUAAGUAGUUGCUAAUUAGCUAAUCCAACCAUCCUCCUUUCGUUUUUGCCUGAAGAAACCGUCUGUUUUAUCUAACCAUACCAAACGCAACAUAUACUCAUUUGAGUGUCCAGGAUUUUGGUUUACUAUGUUACAUCCAGUCUAUUAGACCAGCCUGUCAAGGGGAACAAACGCUGCUAUUUAUCUGUUACUUUUUUUUCUUAUUCUUAUUUGUUUUAAUAUAUAAUAAUAUAUAUAUAUAUUUUAAACUGCAUUGUUGGUUUGUAAGUAAGCAUUUCACUGUAAGGUCUACCUGUUGUAUUCGAGGCAUGUGUCAAAUACGAUUUGAUUUGAAAUGCAGCUAUUCUAACAAGCGAGUGGAUUAAUCUGCUCUGCGCCUUUUUAUUUAUGUCUGCUUAGAUGAAAGAACUGGACAUGCAGAAAGCAAUAUCGACGAGGACAAGAAGACACUUUGGACUAUCAGUGCAUUCAUCAUCAUCGAGUAAAUGCGCAGUCAGUCUCAUUUUAGUCUGCACACACGCCACAACAGUCUGGAACUCUGAAAUAGUCCGGCAGUCGUGAGCGGGCGAGAAAUUACGUCAGUCUGGACUUCUCCGAAAAAGAUGUGUGUUCAACAUGAAUAACCCCGUAUACGUUUGAAAGCGUAUAAUUAUAGAACGGAUUUUUUUGACGGUGACAUUAGCUGCCGGUCCGCAUAUUCAUCCUAUGAAAGUCGUCGCCAAUAGGACAGCUAAAUUAUGGGCUCGAGAAGAUACAUUGUAGAAAAGCGGACUCAGACAACAUUGAGACAUUGAAACAAUAAUUUGGAGAGAGAGAUGGCGAGUGACGACCAGGUGGCCAUCUUGACGGAUGACGAGGGGUAUCAGAAGAGGAAGUAUGUCCUGGCAGAACCCUUCAACACCUUGUCCAACACCCUGGAGCAGAUACCGGUGGGCGCGGGCCCCACCUCUGCCUCCCAAGGUCCAGAGUCUCCCCCCACAGACAAACCUGACUCAGCCUCCUCCAACCCCAGUAAUGACUGCCUGGAGAGGAACUGCGUACGGAUCGACAACCACCUCCUCAUCUCCAAGGUCUUCUACUUCUUCUUCUAUGCAGCCUAUGGGUCCCUACACCCACUGCUGCCUGUGUACUACAAACAGCUGGGGAUGACUCCCAGUCAGAGCGGCUUGCUGGUCGGGAUCCGGUACUUCAUUGAAUUCUGUAGCGCCCCCUUUUGGGGGGUGGUGGCGGACCGCUUCAAGAAGGGCAAGGUGGUGCUUGUGUUCUCCGUUUUCUGCUGGCUGGUGUUCAACUGCGGAAUCGGCUUCAUCAAGCCUGCCUCCAUAACAUGCGUGGAGAGGAAACCCACAGUCGCACGCCCCACCAGCCCUGCCCACCUUGGUCUGCCGGCCAAUUACAGUAGGGACCGCAGGGGUGUGAUUGGAGACUUGUUUUCCCUCUCUUCGAAUCAACACGGUUUAGCAUCAGACUCAGUUAGGGGCGGUCCCCUGCACAGGUAUGUGAGGAGCGAUGGUGGUAAUGUCACUGGACCUGUGCCUUCCCCCAACAUCACAACAACAACAUCUUCCCCUUCCACCACCCCCACUACAACAGCCAGCUCAAAACCUCCCUCAAAUCUAACCACAACCAAACCAACAACCACAACCAUUCCCAAAGUCUACCACAUGAUCUCCAACCACGACCAGGUGGAAACCAUCUUCCUCCUGAUCCUGCUAGUCAUCAUCAUCGGCGAGUUCUUCAGCGCUCCGGCUGUCACCAUAGUAGACACGCGCACCCUGCAGUACCUGGGCCCCCACCAGGACCGCUACGGCCUGCAGAGGAUGUGGGGCUCCCUGGGCUGGGGCCUGGCCAUGCUCUGCGUAGGCAUCUGGAUCGACCACACCCACAUCAAGCUCUUCAUCCAGGGCACUGGCUGCAUCGUGCCCAACUACAAGAACUAUCAGAUAGCCUUUAUUGUCUUUGGAGUCCUGAUGGCCGUAGCUUUGAUAUUGUCCACACAGUUUUACUUUGAGAGUAGUACUAGUGACCACCGGCCAAUGGAGGCUCAGCUGGAGGAGGAUAAGAGACAGGAGGCAGAGCCUCCUCAAGCGUCCAGUGAUGUUUCAUCUCCCAAAGGGCAUGCGGUGGAAUCGUUAGAACCCCAAAGUGUCGUCAGCCAACAGUUUCGUUAUCAGGACCUCAUUCGGCUGCUGUGUAGCGUGCAGUACGGCUCAGUGCUCUUCGUGGCCUGGUUUAUGGGAUUCGGCUACGGCUUUGUGUUCACGUUCCUCUACUGGCACCUGGAGGACCUGAAAGGGACCACCACGCUAUUUGGAGUGUGCUCGGUGCUGAGCCACAUCUCAGAGCUGGUUGCCUACUUCACCAGCCACAAGCUCAUCGAGCUGGUUGGCCAUAUAAGGGUGCUGUACAUCGGUCUGGCCUGCAACACGGCUCGUUUCCUGUACAUCUCCUACCUGGAGGACGCCUGGAUCGUCCUGCCCAUGGAGGUCCUUCAAGGUGUGACCCAUGCCUCAGUGUGGGCAGCCUGUAUCUCCUACCUCAGUGCUGCAGUGCCUCCAGAGCUGAGGACCUCUGCCCAGGGUAUCCUCCAGGGCCUGCACCUAGGGCUGGGCCGGGGCUGUGGGGCCAUGGUGGGGGGAGGCUUCGUCAGUGUUUUUGGAGCGACCCACACCUUCAGAGGGAUAGGAAUGGUGUCCCUCGUCAUCCUCCUCCUCUUCGCUCUCAUCCAGUGGCUGGCUGUGCAGAGUGGGAACAAAGAUCCCAGAAUGCUGGCGGAGAACAUCCCAGUCCCCUCCAGCCCUUUUCCCAUAGCGACCAUAGACAUUAUCCAAUCAAAUAACGGAGCCGCCACAAUGACACCACCGAGGAAGACCAAGCACCAAGAGGAUCAGGAGGAUUUGAGCGAGCCUGCCUGGGUGGUGUCCGCCUCACCCUGGGUCUCCCUGGCCUUCGCCCUGCACCAGAUCAGAGAGAUGGCUAUCAUUGCCAGGAGUAGCCCUGCAAACAACCAUCCGCCGCUGCAGAAAGGAGUUAAAUGAGAUCGGCACAGAUGAACCAACUGAUCCCAGUCCCCAUCCUUAGAACCUACCUCCCCAGACUGGUCCCUCUCAAGUGGGACCCGCUCUCUGACCAGGACCUACGCAUGCUGAUCAACCACCCCUCUCCACGGGCCAACGCACAGUAGGGGACUGGAAAGAGGGGACACGUUGCACAUUGAGGAACUGCCCUAAAAUGUUUUCCUUCCAAGCAACACCAAGUCAAAGCCCAUCCAUGCACAGCUGGGAAGUCCAGAUAAAAGAGUUAAGGAGUAUGAUUUAUACAGACUGGACAGGAGAUAAAUACUAACCAAAAUGAAGGAGGUUGAAUUCUUCCUCCUAGCAAGACAGGUCUUAACUCUUUGACCGAUCUAUUGUUACUCUGUCAAGUGGACAUCAAACGAGUAACAGAGUCAUAUUUAUUUGACUCAUCCUGGAAAUCUGGGAUAGUGGGUUCGAUUUGAAUAAGGCUCCAUUUGUAUCGCUGGCCCUCGAUGUGCCUGAGCCGCGGUGCUGUUGUAGGUCGGUGAUUCACACUCCUGUAGCAGUGCCACACUGAAUCCAAAACGCUGUGUGUAAUGGCUGCUUUGCUUGAUGUGGACUGUAGAGAUUCCUCUUUACAUAAAGUUUAGGUGCCAAUUCAAUAGGCGAACGUUGUGUAAUGUUGCAGAUAGCAAUGUUAUUAAUAUAACUGGUUGGAUGACUUAUUCUACAUGUCAGAGAGACGUGUGUUCUGAGGUUGGUGGCACCUUAAAUGGGGAGGGCUCGUGGUAAUGACUGGAGCAGGAAUCAGUGGAACGGUAUCAUAUACAUCAAACACAUGGUUUCCAUGGUUUCUAUGUGUCACAUGGUUUCCAGGUGUUUGAUGCCGUUCCAUUAGGUCCGUUCCUGACAUUAUUAUGAGCCGUCCUCCCCUCAGCAGCCUCCACUGUUCUACAUACUAUGUUGAUAUCCACCUGUUCCCACAACUUUGUGCUCUCUUGAAAGUGGCCCUGCUUUUAUAUGUAAAUGUUUACUGUGUCUAGUGACGAGUCUACCACCUAUCAGCCACUGAAGCUGUGGAAGAAUAGACACGUAAAAGGGUUUAUGAUAUCCACCAGGCUUUUAGAGUCUGUAAUUACUACAAACUAUAACAGUUCUGUAGAGACCACUUUCUAUAUGUAAUGAUAAGGUGUCUUCAGGCCAAGAUGUCUAAAUGUGAAAUAUUUCACUAUGAUCAUAUUUAGACAGAAAUAAUUGUCAAUGAUAUCAAACUGCUUUCCUCCCAAGGGACUAUCUAAAACAGUUGUAUUGUAAUGACCAUUUCACAUGCCUUGUCUGCUGUCUUCUACCUGACAACUAAUACUCCUGGUGCACUGUGGCCUUUAUCUUUUCAAGGUGAAACAACAGUUUGCAAUACGUCACUGGAAAAGUUAGUUUUUUUAAACUACCAAAAAUGUAUCCUUGUAAUUUAAUAUGAAGAACAUGCACCCAAUUUGAAAUCACUUUAAUGCUGUUUGAUAUGAAAUGUAUGUAAAAAAAUACAAAAAAAAUCAAGCAUAGGCAUAUUUCUAGCCAUGAGGGAGAAAAGUUUUGCUCUUGACAGACAUGGUCCAAUCAAAAUCUCAAUUUGAUGUUUCCAGCACGUGAUUGGCUGUUCCCAAGGCUGCAGUUUCUUAAGCAGCCAGGUUGGGGCAGUAGAUGGGAGUUCACUGGAUUCCACAGCAAUGGGAGUACAUGAGAGCUUGUUACAGUGACCAGUAGGGGAGCAGGUCUCAAUGCCCCAGGCACUUACCACACAGGAGGAGAAAAACAACAAAUGUAUUAAUGAUUGCUGCCAGUUAACCUGAGAGCUAUAAGCACCAUUUGAAAGUCAUUCUGGUGAAUAGUUGUAACUACGAUGCAGAGGUUUUGAUUCCAGAGGAAGACAGAUGUCUGCUUUGACUAUGAUUAGAGUGGGAUGACAGCCUGAGGAAGAGUUUCUGGGUCACUAUGAAGUCAAACCCACUGAGAGAGACGAUAGCUCUGAGAGACUCUGGGGCAUCCCUGAUUCUCCCUGAGUCUACACUUGUACACUUUCUCCCAUUGAUUUAACAAAUGGUGGAAACUCCCUCCAGCCAAUGCUUACACCAAUCCUAUGCUUUUAAAUCCAUGCCAGGGAGUGUUCAAGUACACACUUCUGGAAAAGGGUGGAGAAUCAGGAGGGAGCCUUUGGGGACGAUGGGAAUAUUCAAGUCCCCUAAAGUCUCUGU